AUGGAGGCUUCAGAUCCGAAGAUGAGCGCUGCCAACAACAAGCGCAAGAGACUCCCUGGAGAUCAGGGUCUUGGUCGUGACGCCAAGGCACAAAACACCAACGGCGACCACCAGGACUAUGCUGCGUUGCUUCAAGGUCUUGAUGCUGUUUCGGGCGCAGAUGACAGCACGCGAACUGCGCAAGCUGCUCUCGCAGCACCAAUGAACUCAUCCGCAUACCCCGAACCACCUUCCUUUGAGGGGGCAGCUGCACUCUCCUCGGCAUUCGACGAGAACAGCCCGCCUGCGAUGCCUACCAUGGGCAACAUGAACAACAUGGGUAACAACAUCGGUGGUCUGCCGCACAACAACAUCCAUGGCGGUAGAGGUUCGCAGUCCGAAAAGCCAGCCGUCGGAUCUGCCGAGUGGCAUCAACAACGCAAAGACAACCACAAAGAAGUUGAACGACGUCGCCGUGAAGUCAUCAAUGAAGGAAUCGAGAACAUCGCGAAGAUUGUCCCAUGCACGGAGAAAAACAAAGGCGCCAUUCUGCAACGUACGCACGAGUAUAUUAUCGCUCUCCAGACGAAGGAAGCACAGUUUGAGACCGAGCGUGCAACUUUUGAUGUUGCCCUCAAAGAACUCACAAAUCGUCUUGAUCGCAUGAAGGAAAGUGCUCGUGCGGCGUGGGCUGAGAGCAAUAAAUGGCAACAACGUGCACGUGAUGCCGGUCUGCACUUUGAUGAUUACGACGAGGCAAAUCUCACCGGUUUCGAAGAGGAUGAUGUCGCUGCUGCCGAUGUUGUGUCGUAG